GCGCCCGCCUGCUGCGCAUCCGCCUCACACACACACGCCACAAUGGCAUCCACACGGGCGACCCGCCGCCUGCUCGCCUCGGCCGCGCCGUCGCUGCGCUGCUCCCGCGCCUCACCGCCCGCCCUCGCCCGGCCCGCCGCAUGCGCCUUCUCGACCACCCCCCCGUCCCGCGCGCCCGAGUACGACAGCGAGGCCGCCGCGCGCCCGCGGUGGCAGCAGACACCGCCGCGCAUGCAGGCGCCGUUCCGGAUACGGCCCGCGGCCAAGGGCGGCGUGUUCAAGGUCAACGAGGACCCCAAGCGCCUGGACGACGCCUACGUGCGGCUGCUGGGGCCGGGCGGCGACAAGCUGCUGGACGACGAGGUCAAGUGGCUGGCCGUGACACACAAGAGCUUUGACCACGGCCGCCGGGGGUUCAACGACCGCCUGGCCUUCCUGGGACGGCGCAUCGUCGAGCUGCAGACGUCGCAGGCGCUGAUCAGCUCGCCCCAGGCCAAGCCGUGGCCGCGCGACGCCGCGGGUGAGCCCAAGCGCGACCACUUCGGCCGCCGCCCGUUCCUGCACCCCGCGCUCAACGGGCUCGCGGGCCUGAGCAACGAGGCCGAGGCCGCCGUGCUGGACAAGGCGCGGCUGGCCCAGCUGGCCGAGCGUUACGGCCUGGACAAGGUCACGCGGUGGACCCCGAAGCGCGCCGACAACCCGCACGCCUCGGGCCAGGAGUCGGUGCUCAUGACGUCGCUGUACGCCAUUGUCGGCGCGGUAGCCAUGGAGCGUGGCGGCGAGGAGGCCAACAGGCUCGUCCAGAACAAGAUCCUGACGCCGCUGGGCUUUGCAUUUAGCAGCGAGGCGUAGGAGGGGGUGUUGUACAAUAUCUGUCUGCAUAUCAACCGGACAAGAGCAUAAGCCUUGCCGAUGACCAUUACGCCAUCAUACGCGGUGACUAUCAUACGCGCCGGUGACUAUCAUGAAGUAUUGCGUGAAUCGACUGCAAUAUCAUUGCCUGCUCAACAACACCAAUAAAGUGUGGCAUCCCUGGUCACUUGUGUUGCACAAGUGACCUGAUCCUUGAUCUGCGGGACGCCCGGAGACGUAGUGUGCCCACCUCUCGAUAUCCUAU